ACCAAGUUUCCUUCUCUCUUAUCGGAAAGCGAAGAAAUAAUCAAUAAUCAACCUACCAUGGCGGCAGAGGUUAUACUAAUGAACGAGGUAGAGUCGAAAGCGGCUCAGUUGGGUAUCGAUCUGAGUAUCGAUUUCAAUUCCAUUCAACUUCCUCCCGGUGAAAACUUCGACAUUGUCAGUGAUGAUGAGGAUGUUUACCAUGAAGAUCAGCUGGAGUUUGAUUCCGGGUUUGGAAAUGUGAUCGUCGUCGAUAAUCUCCCCGUUGUUCCGCGUGAAAAGUUUGAUAAACUCGAGGGUGUACUUAAAAAAAUCUACAGUCAGAUUGGUGUAAUUAAGGAGGAUGGUCUUUGGAUGCCAACUGAUCCUGAGACUAAGAAAAGCCUAGGUUACUGCUUCAUAGAGUUUAAUACUCCUCAGGAAGCUGAGCUUGCUAAGGAGAAGACAAAUGGGUACAAGUUGGAUAGAUCACAUAUUUUCGUUGUCAAUAUGUUUGAUGAUUUUGAUAAGUACAUGAGAGUUCCGGAUGAAUGGGCUCCUCCUGAAGUUAAACCCUACACGCCAGGGGAAAAUCUUCAGAAGUGGCUUACCGAUGAUAAGUCACGAGAUCAAUUUGUAAUUCGUGCUGGCACGGACACGGAGGUUCUUUGGAAUGAUGCAAGGCAGUCUAAAAAAACUGAGCUUGUUUACAAGCGCACUUACUGGACUGAAAGUUUUGUACAGUGGUCACCCCUAGGGACAUACUUGGCAACAGUUCACAGGCAAGGAGCCGCAGUUUGGGGAGGUGCUACUACCUUUAACCGCCUAAUGCGUUAUGCCCAUCCUCAGGUUAAGCUUAUUGAUUUUUCUCCUGCGGAGAAAUUUUUGGUAACUUACAACAGUCAUGAACCAAGCAAUCCUCGUGAUGCCAAUAGGGUUGUGAUAAACAUUUUUGAUGUGAGAACCGGUAAAGUGAUGAGAGAUUUCAAGGGUAGUGCAGAUGAAUUUUCAAUUGGAGGAGCUGGAGGUGUUGCUGGAGUUUCUUGGCCUGUUUUCAGAUGGGGAGGUGGAAAAGCGGACAAGUAUUUCGCCAAACUCGGGAAGAAUAUGAUAUCUGUUUAUGAAACAGAGACCUUUAGCCUUGUCGACAAGAAAUCUUUGAAGGUUGAAAAUGUUGUGGACUUUACUUGGUCACCAACAGACCCCAUUCUUGCACUUUUUGUUCCUGAACUUGGAGGUGGAAAUCAACCUGCUAGAGUGAGUCUAGUCCAAAUCCCGAAUAAAACUGAGUUAAGGCAGAAGAACAUUUUCAGUGUUAGUGAUUGCAAAAUGUACUGGCAAAGCGAUGGUGAUUAUCUUGCCGUCAAAGCUGAUCGCUAUACAAAAACAAAGAAAAACACAUAUACAGGCUUUGAGCUCUUCCGCAUCAAAGAAAGGGACAUUCCAAUUGAGGUUUUGGAGCUGGAUAAUAAAAGUGACAAGAUCAUUGCUUUUGCUUGGGAGCCCAAGGGUCACAGAUUUGCUGUGAUACAUGGGGAUAAUCCAAGGCCGGAUAUUAGCUUUUACUCUAUGCGAACUGCUCACAAUACAGGCCGAGUUUCGAAGCUUAGCACACUUAAAGGCAAGCAAGCAAAUGCCUUAUUCUGGUCACCAGGAGGCCGUUUCAUUGUGCUUGCUGGAUUGAAGGGUUUCAAUGGUCAGUUGGAAUUCUUUAACGUUGAUGAGCUUGAAACCAUGGCGAUUGCUGAACAUUUUAUGGCCACGGAUAUUGUAUGGGAUCCCACUGGAAGGUAUGUUGCAACUGCUGUGACUUCUGUUCACGAAAUGGAAAAUGGUUUUAACAUUUGGUCCUUUAAUGGCAAGCUACUUUACCGGAUACCGAAGGAUCAUUUCUUCCAGUUCUUGUGGCGCCCAAGGCCACCAUCCUUUUUGAGUCCAGAGAAGGAAGAAGAGAUAGCAAAGAACUUGAAGAAGUAUAGCAAAAAGUACGAGGCAGAGGACCAAGAUGUAUCGAUGCUAUUGAGCGAGCAAGAUCGGGAGAAGAGAAGGAUGUUGAAGGAGGAAUGGGAGAAGUGGGUUAGCGGAUGGAAGCGGACACACGAGGAAGAAAAACAGGAUAGGCAAAAGUUGAGGGAUGGAGAAGCUAGUGACGGAGAAGAGGAAUACGAAGCCAAAGAAGUUGAAGUAGAGGAACUCUUGGAUGUGUCGGAACAAGUCCUACCAUUUGAAGAUUGAAAGAUGAAACACCGAAAUUUUUAUCA